GCUGUCACCCAGACAGAUGAAACCUCCACUGCUGUCACCACCACUGGUGAAACCACCUCUGCUGUCACCUCCAGUGCUGUCUCUACCUCAGAUUCCACCUCCACUGCUGUCUCUACAUCAGAUGCCACCUCCUCUGCUGUCACCCCCACCACUGUCACCUCCACUGAAGUGACCUCCACUGUCUUCUCUACUAUUGAAGGAUCCUCAUCUGCUGUCACCUCCUCUGCUGUCACUUCUUCUGGUGGCAGCACCACUGCUGCCUCCACCUCGGAUGCCACCUCCACUGCUGUCACCUCCACUGCUGUCACCCCCACAGAUGCCACCUCCUCUGCUGUCCCCUCCACUGCUGUCACCUCCACUGGUGACACCACCUCAGAUGCCACCUCCACCUCUGCUGUCACCUCCACUGGUGUCUCUACCUCAGGUUCCACCUCCAAUGCUGUCACCUCCAGUGCCACCACCUCAGAAGUGACCUCCGCUGUCUCCUCUACUACUGAAGGAUCCUCCUCUGCUGUCACCCCCACAGAUGUCACCUCCUCUGCUGUCACUUCGAGUCCCAUCACAUCCACAGCUGUCACCUCCACUGGUGUCUCUACAACAGAUGCCACCUCCACUGCUGUCACCUCCACUGCUGUCACUUCUGAUGCUGUCACCUCCACAGAUGUUGCCUCCACCGCUGAAACCACCACCACCGACAGCUCCACUGCUGUCACCUCAGAUGUCACCUCCACGGCCAUUUCCUCCACCUCUGUCACCUCCACUGGAACCACCACCACUGAUGUCACCUCCACUGUCACCUCUUCUGCUGUCAGCCAGACAGAUGAAACCUCCACUGCUGUCACCUCCACCAAUGUCACCUCCACCGCUGUCACCUCCACUGGUGUCUCCACCUCAGAUGCCACCUCCACAGCUGGCACCUCCACUGGUGAAACCACUACUGCUGUCACCUCCAGUGGUGCCUCCAGCUCUGAUGUCACCUCUACUGCUGUCACCUCUUCUGGUGGCAGCACCACGGCCAUCACUCCCACAGAUGCCACCUCCACUGCUGUCACCCAGACAGAUGAAACCUCCACUGCUGUCACAUCCACUGGUGAAACCACCUCUGCUGUCACUUCCACUGCUGUCACCUCCACCAUCACCUCCUCAGAAGGGACCUCUGCUGUCUCUUCUACCCUCACUGCUGUCACCUCCUCUGCUGUCACCUCUUCUGGUGGCAGCACCACGGCCAUCACUCCCACAGAUGCCACCUCCUCUGCUGUCACCUCCACUGUCACCUCUACUGCUGUCACCUCCUCUGCUGUCACCACCAAUGGUGAAACCACCUCUGCUGUCACCUCCAGUGGUGUCUCUACCUCAGAUGCCAGCUCCACUGCUGUCACCUCCACUGCUGUCACCUCCUCAGACGUCUCCUCUUCUGCCACCACCUCCACAGGUGUCUCUACAACUGAUGCCACCUCCACUGCUGUCACUUCUGAUGCUGUCACCUCCACAGAUGUUGCCUCCACCGCUGAAACCACCACCACCGACAGCUCCACUGCUGUCACCUCUGAUGCCACCUCCACUGCUGUCCCCUCCACUGUCACCUCUACUGCUGUCACCCAGACAGAUGAAACCUCCACUGCUGUCACCUCCACCGCUGUCACCUCCACUGGUGACACCUCCACUGGUGUCUCCACCUCAGGUUCCACCUCCACUGCUGUCACCUCCACCGUCACCUCCUCAGAAGUGACCUCUGCUGUCUCUUCUACCCCUGCUGUCACCUCCUCUGCUGUCACCUCUUCUGGUGGCAGCACCACUGCUGCCGUCACCUCAGAUGCCACCUCCACUGCUGGCACCUCCACUGCUGCCACCUCCACUGCUGCCACCUCCACUGCUGGCACCUCCAGUGGUGCCUCCAGCUCUGAUGUCACCUCCACUGUUGUCACCUCCACUGCUGUCACUCCAACUUCUGUCACCUCCACUGGCGUCACCACAACAGAGGAAGCCUCCACUGCUGUCACCCCCACUGCUGUCACCUCCACUGGUGACACCUCCACUGGUGUCUCCAUCUCAGAUGUCACCUCCACUGCUGUCACCUCCACUGCCACCACCUCAGAAGUGACCUCCAUUGUCUCCUCUACUACUGAAGGAUCCUCUGCCAUCACCUCCACAGCUGCCACCCCCACCGAUGUCACCUCCACUGCUGUCACCUCCAGUGCCACCACUGCCACAGAUGUCAGCUCCCCUGCUGUCACCUCCACUGCUGUCACCUCAACAGAUGCCACCUUCACUGCUGUCACCUCCACUGGUGUCACCUCAACAGAUGCCACUUUCACUGGUGGCACCUCCACUGUCACCUCUUCUGCUGUCAGCCAGACAGAUGAAACCUCCACUGCUGUCACCUCCACCAAUGUCACCCCCCACCACUGUCACCUCCACUGCUCCACUGCUGUCACCUCCACCGUUGAAGCCACCUCUGCUGUCACCUCGACAGCUUUCUCCACAUCUGUCACCCCAACAACAUCACUGUCCACCUCAGCUGUGUCCUCUACUGCCACCUCCUCUACUGCCACCUCCUCUGCUGUCACCCCCACAGCUGCCACCUCCAUUGGUGACACCUCCACUGCUGCCUCCACCUCCGAUGCCACCUCCACUGCUGUCACCUCCACUGUCACCUCUACUGCUGUCACCUCAACAGAUGAAACCUCCACUGCUGUCUCUUCCACGACUGUCACCCCAACUGCUGUCACCCCAACUGCUGUCACCUCCACUGCUGUCACCUCCACUGCUGUCACUUCUGAUGCUGUCACCUCCGCAGAUGUCACCUCCACCGCUGAAACCACCACCACCGACAGCUCCACUGCUGUCACCUCUGCUUUCUCCACAUCUGUCACCCCAACAACAUCACUGUCCACCUCAGCUGUGUCCUCUACUGCCACCUCCUCUACUGCCACCUCCACUGCUGUCACCUCCUCAGCUGCCACCUCCAUUGGUGACACCUCCACUGCUGCCUCCACCUCAGAUGCCACCUCCACUGCUGUCACCUCCACUGCUGUCACCUCGAGUCCCAUCACUGCCACAGAUGUCACCUCCACUUCUGCUACCUCCACAGAUGUCACCUCCACUGCUGUCACCUCCAUUGGAGCCACCUCCACUGCUUUCACCUCCUCUGCUGUCACCUCGAGUGCCACCACUGCCACCGAUGUCACCUCCACAGUUGUGACUUCCACUGCCAUCACCUCCACAGCUGCCACCCCCACCGAUGUCACCUCCACUGCUGUCACCUCGAGUGCCACCACUGCCACAGAUGUCAGCUCCCCUGCUGUCACCUCCACUGCUGUCACCUCAAGUCCCACCACUGCCACUGCUGUCACCUCCACUGCUGUCACCUCAACAGAUGCCACCUUCGCUGGUAGCACCUCCACUGUCACCUCUUCUGCUGUCAGCCAGACAGAUGAAACCUCCACAGCUGCCACCCCCACUGCUGUCACCUCCACUGGUGUCUCCACCUCAGAUGCCACCUCCACUGCUGUCACCUCCACUGCUGUCACCUCCACUGCCACCUCUACUGCAGUCACCCAGACAGAUGAAACCACCUCUGCUGUCACCUCCACUGCUGUCACCUCUACUCCUGUCACCUCUGGUGCCACCUCCACUGCUGUCACCUCCACUGCUGUCACCUCCACAGGUGAAGCCACCUCUGCUGUCACCUCGACAGCUUUCUCCCCAUCUGUCACUCCAACAACAUCACUGCCCACCUCAGCUGUGUCCUCUACUGCCACCUCUUCUACUGCCACCUCCACAGCUGUCACCUCCACUGGUGUCUCCACCUCAGACGCCACCUCCACUGCUGCCACCUCUUCUGCUGUCACUCCAACUUCUGUCACCUCCUCUGCUGUCACCUCCACUGUCACCUCUUCUGCUGUCACUCCGACUUCUGUCACCUCCACUGGCGUCACCCCAACAGAGGAAACCUCGACUUCUGUCACCGCCACAGAUGUCACUUCCACUGCUGUCACCUCCACUGCUGUCACCUCCUCUGCUGUCACCUCUUCUGGUGGCAGCACCACGGCCGUCACCCCCACAGAUGCCACCUCCACCGCUGUCACCUCCACUGGUGAAACCACCUCUGCUGUCACCUCCAGUGGUGUCUCUACCUCAGAUGCCACCUCCACUGCUGUCACUCCAACUUCUGUCACCUCCACUGGUGUCACCCCAACAGAGGAAACCUCGACUUCCGUCACCUCCACCGCUGUCACCUCCACUGCUGUCACCUCCACUGGUGACACCUCCAUUGGUGACACGUCCACUGCUGUCUCCACCUCAGAUGCCACCUCCUCUGCUGUCACCUCCACUGCUGUCACCUCCACUGCUGUCACUCCAACUUCUGUCACCUCCACUGGCGUCACCAUAACAGAGGAAACCUCAACUUCUGUCACCCCCACAACAGCCACCCCAACAGAAAUCACCUCCACUGCUUUCACCUCCACUGCUUGGUAUGUCACCUCAUCUGUUGUCACCACCAGUGCCAUCACCUCCACCUCUGUCACCUCUACUGAUGGCACUUCCUCUGCUGCCACCUCGAGUGCCACCACUGACACUGAUGUCACCUCCACUGCUGUCACCUCCAUUGGAGCCACCUCCACUGAUGUCACUGCCUCUGCUGUCACCUCCAGUGCCACCACAGCCACCGAUGCCACCUCCACAGUUGUGACUUCCACUGCCAUCACCUCCACAGCUGCCACCUCCACUGAUGUCACCUCCUCUGCGGUCACCUCAAGCAUCACUUCUGGUGUCACCUCCACUGGAGCCACCUCCAGUGCUGUCACCUCCUCUCCUGUCACCUCCUCUCCUGUCACCUCCACUGCUGUCACCUCCACUGCCACCACCUCCACAGCCAUCACUUCUGCACCACGGCCGUCACCCCCCACAGAUGCCACCUCCACUGCUGUCACCUCCACUGCUGUCUCCACUUCCGAUGCCACCUCCUCUGCUGUCACCUCCAGUGUUGCCUCCAGCUCUGAUGUCACCUCAACUGCUAUCACUCCAACAGCUGUCACCUCCACUGCCACCACUACUGGUGUAACUCCAACUUCUGUCACCUCCACUGGCAUCACCCAAACAGAGGAAACCUCCACUGCUGUCACCUCCACUGCUGUCACCUCUACUGGUGAAACCACCUCUGCUGUCACCUCCACUGAGCUGUCUGCCACCUCCAUUGGUGACACCUCCACUGCUGCCUCCACCUCAGAUGCCACCUCCACUGCUGCCACCUCCACUGCUGCCACCUCAGAAGUGACCUCCACUGUGUCCUCUACUACUGAAGGAUCCUCCACUGCUGUCACCUCCACUGCUGUCACCUCAACUGCUGUCACCCCCACUGCUGUCACCUCCACCGUCACCUCCUCAGAAGUCACCUCUGCUGUCUCUUCUACCCCUGCUGUCACCUCCUCUGCUGUCACCUCUUCUGCUGUCACCUCAACAGAUGUCACCUCCUCUGCUGUCACCUCCAUUGGAGCCACCUCCACCGAUGUCACCUCCACUGCUGCCACCUCGAGUGCCACCACUGCCACUGAUGUCACCUCCACAGGCAUCACUUCUGGUGUCACCACCACUGCCAUCACCUCCACUUCUGCCACCUCCACAGACGUCACCUCCUCUGCUGUCACCUCUACUGGAACCACCACCACUGAUUUCACCUCUACUGCCAUCACCCCCACUGAUGUCACCUCAUCUGUUGUCACCACAAGUGCCAUCACCUCCACCGAUGUCACCUCCACUUCUGCUACCUCCACUGCUGUCACCUCCGCAGCCAUCACUUCUGGUGUCACCUCCACUGCUGUCACCUCCAUUGAAGCCACAUCCACUGAUGCCACUUCCUCUGCUGUCACCUCGAGUGCCACCACUUCCACAGAUGUCACCUCCACUGCUGUCACCUCCACUGCUGUCACCCCCACAGAUGUCACCUCCUCUCAUGUCACCCCUACUGCUGACACCUCCACUGCCAUCACCUCCACAGACGUCACCUCUGCACUUGAAACCUCCACUGCUGUCACCUCGAGUGCCACCACUGCAACUGAUGUCACCUCCACUGCUGUCACCUCCAUUGGAGCCACCUCCACCGGUGUCACCUCCUCAGCUGUCACCUCGAGUUCCAUUACUGCCACUGCUGUCACCUCCACUGCUGUCACCUCCACAGAUGUCACCUCAACAAAUGUCACCUCCACUGCUGUCACCUCCAUUGGAGCCACCUCCACCGGUGUCACCUCCUCUGCUGUCACCUCCUCUGCUGUCACCUCGAGUGCCACCACUGCCACUGAUGUCACCUCCACUGAUGUCACCACCACUGAUGUCACCUCCAGAGACAUCACUUCUGGUGCCACCUCCACUGCUGUCACCUCCACUGCCACCACUACGGGUGUAACUCCGACUUCUGUCACCUCCACUGGCGUCACCACAGCAGAGGAAACCUCCUCCAAUGUCACCUCCACUGCUGUCACCUCGAGUGCCACCACUGCCACAGAUGUCACCUCCACAGUUGUGACUUCCAGUGCCAUCACCUCCACAGCUGCCACCCCCACUGAUGUCACCUCCACUGCUGUCACCUCAAGUGCCACCUCCACAGAUGUCACCUCCAGUUCUGCCACCUCCACAGAUGUCACCUCAGCAGACAUAACUUCUGGUGUCACCUCCACUGCUGUCACCUCCACCGAUGUCUCCUUAAGUGCCACCACUGCCACUGCUGUCACCUCCACUGCUGUCACCUCCACAGAUGUCACCUCCACUUCUGCUACCUCCACCGAUGUCACCUCCUCUCCUCUCACCUCCACUUCUGCUACCUCCACCGAUGUCACCUCCUCUCCUGUCACCUCCUCUCCUGUCACCUCCACUGCUGUCACCUCCACUGCUUUCACCUCCACUGCCACCACUACUGGUGUAACUCCAACUUCCGUCACCUCCACUGGCGUCACCACAGCAGAGGAAACCUCCUCCACUGUCACCUCGAGUGCCACCACUGCCACCAAUGUCACCUCCACAGUUGUGACUUCCACUGCCAUCACCUCCACUGCUGCCACCCCCACAUAUGUCACCACCUCAGCUGUCACCUCAACUGCCACCACUGCCACCGAUGUCACCUCCACAGCUGUCACCUCGAGUGCCACCACUGCCACUGCUGUCACCUCCACUUCUGCCACCUCCACAGAUGUUACCUCAGCAGACAUAACUUCUGCUGUCACCUCCACUGCUGUCACCUCCACUGCUGUCACCUCCACAGAUGUCACCUCCUCUCAUGUCACCCCUACUGCUGUCACCUCCACUGCCAUCACCUCCACAGACGUCACCUCUGCACUUGAAACCUCCACUGCUGUCACCUCGAGUGCCACCACUGCCACUGCUGUCACCUCCACUUCUGCUACCUCCACUGCUGUCACCUCCACUUCUGCUACCUCCACUGAUGUCACCUCCAUAGACAUAACUUCUGGUGUCACCUCAACAGAUGUCACCUCCACUGCUGUCACCUCCAUUGGAGCCACCUCCACUGAUGUCACCUCCUCAGCUGUCACCUCGAGUGCCACCACUGCCACUGCUGUCACCUCGACUGCUGUCACCUCCACUGCUGUCACCACGAGUCCCAUCACUGCCACAGAUGUCACCUCCACUUCUGCUACCUCCACUGCUGUCACCUCCUCUCCUGUCACCACCACUGCUGUCACUCCCACUGAUGUCACCUCCACUGCUGUCACCUCCACCGAUGUCACAUCCUCUCCUGUCACCUCCACUUCUGCUACCUCCACUGCAGGCACCUCCACAGACAUCACUUCUGCUGUCACCUCCACUGCUGCCACUCCCACCGAUGUCACCUCAACAGAUGUCACCUCCACUGCUGUCACCUCCGUUGGAGCCACCUCCACUGAUGUCACCUCCUCAGCUGUCACCUCGAGUGCCACCACUGCCACUGCUGUCACCUCCACUUCUGCCUCCUCCACAGAUGUUACCUCAGCAGACAUAACUUCUGGUGUCACCUCCACUGACAUCACCUCCACUGCUGUCACCUCCACUGAUGUCACCUCCUCAGCUGUCACCUCAAGUGCCACCACUGCCACUGCUGUCACCUCCACUUCUGCUACUUCCACAGAUGCCACCUCCUCUGGUUCCACCUCCACUGCUGUCACCUCCACUGCUGUCACCUCCAGUACUGCAUCACUUCUGCUGUCACCUCCACUGCUGCCACUCCCACCGAUGUCACCUCAACACAUGUCACCUCCACUGCUGUCACCUCCAUUGGAGCCACCUCCACCGGUGUCACCUCCUCAGCUGUCACCUCGAAUCCCAUCACCUCCACUGCUGCCACUCCUACAAAUGUCACCUCACCUCUUGUCACCUCGAGUGCAAUCACCUCCACUGCUGUCACCUCCAUUGGAGCCACCUCCACCGGUGUCACCUCCUCAGCUGUCACAUCGAGUGCCACCACUGACACUGCUGUCACCUCCACUUCUGCAACCUCCACUGCUGUCACCUCCACAGGCAUCACUUCUGGUGUCACCUCCACUGGAGCCACCACCAGUGCUGUCACCUCCUCUCCUGUCACCUCCACUGACAUCACCUCCACUGCUGUCACCUCCACUUCUGCCACCUCCACAGAUGUCACCUCCUCUGCUGUCACCUCUACUGGAACCACCACCACUGAUUUCACCUCUACUGCCAUCACCACAUCCACUGAUGCCACUUCCUCAGCUGUCACCUCGAGUGCCACCACUGACACUGCUGUCACCUCCACAGACGUAACUUCUGGUCUCACCUCAACAGAUGUCACCUCUACUUCUGCUCCCUCCACAGCUGCCACCCCCACCGAAUUCACCUCCUCUGCUGUCACCUUGAGUCCCAUCACCUCCACUGCUGUCACCUCCACUUCUGCUACCUCCACUGCUGUCACCUCUACAGGAAUCACUUCUGGUGUCACCUCCACUGCUGUCACCUCCAUUGGAGCCACCUCCACCAAUGUCACCUCCUCUCCUGUCACCUUCACUGACAUCACCAGCACUGCUGUCACCUCCACUGCUUUCACCUCCACUGCUGUCACCUCAAAUGUUGUCACCUCAAGUGCCACCACUGCCACAGAUGUCACCUCCACUGCUGUCACCUUGAGUCCCAUCACCACCACUGCUGUCACCUCCACUGCUGUCACCUCCACAGCCAUCACUUCUGGUGUCACCUCCACUGCUGCCACUCCAACAGAUGUCACCUCCACUGCUGUCACCUCCACUGCUGUCACCUCCACUGAUCUGUCACCUCAAGUGCCACCACUGA